UAACGCCGCAUCCUUGCUCAAACGCGUAUCCGCGGUUGGCCUCUAGAGCCGCGCCGGCCGGCACUGUCGAGCGGUGUUCCGACCUGACCUCGCCGGAGGGUUCGUGACGUCACCAGCGGGCCGCCGUGAGCGGGACGGCUGAGGUCCACUCAACGCGGCCCGGGCGAGUGAAGCGGACCAGCAGCGGUCGCUGCCGAGCACGUUUUCUUGCAGUGCAGUGAUUAUCAACGUCGGAGGUGACGGGACGAUGGAUAGAACCUGCUGCCGUCACAGGUAUCGUGUGUGCUUCACCUAUCGCACCGCUACGGGUGUCUGGAGCGAGGAAACGGCUGAUGGACUCUGCUGCCAUAAAGCCUGAAGCCGCAGCCUGCCGACUCGAACGCCAAGAGCAACCCGAGCAAGCGUCACCGGCUGCGCCUGAACGCCGAGCUGGACACGCUGGCCAGCCUGCUGCCCUACGAGCAGAACAUCCUCUCCAAGCUGGACCGGCUGUCCAUCCUGAGACUGGCCGUAGCCUACCUGCGCACCAAGAGCUACUUCCAAGUGUCUGCGUCUCUGUACAACAAGGAGGACACGAUGGAGUCGCAGUAUCGGCGGGAAGGCAUGCUCGGCUACGACUCGUCUCUGGACGGCGAGGCGUUCCUUCAGGCACUAAACGGGUUCCUCUUCAUCCUCGACUGUGAGGGCGAGGUCUUCUUCUCGACGCACACCAUCGAAAACUACCUGGGCUUCCACCAAUCUGACAUCGUGCACCAGUCGGUGUACGAGCUGGUGCACUCGGAGGACCGUGACGAGCUGCAGCGCCAGUUCCUGUGGAACGGCUUCCUACCGCCGGAGCGGGCCAACAUGACCGUGCAGGAGGCGCUGCAGCCCGAGAACGCGCACCUGCUGGAGAGGAGCUUCACCGUCCGCUUCCGCUGCCUGCUCGACAACACCUCCGGAUUCCUGCGGCUGGACAUCCGCGGCCGGAUCCGGGUGCUGCAGGGCCAGCACCGGAAGUCGGAGGAGCCCGUGCUGGCGCUGUUCGCGCUCUGCACCCCGUUCGGGCCGCCCUCGCUGCUCGACAUGCCGCAGAAGGAGCUCAUGUUCAAGUCGAAGCACAAGCUGGAUCUCACCAUGCUCUCCAUCGAUCAGAGGGGGAAGAUGCUGCUGGGCUACUCGGACAGUGAGCUGGUGAACCGCAGCGGCUACGCUAUGGUGCACCACGACGACCUGGCGUACGUGGCCAGCGCGCACCAAGAACUGCUGAAGACGGGUGCCUCCGGGCUGAUCGCGUACCGUCUUCAAACCAAGGACCUCAACUGGCAGUGGCUGCAGACUUCCAGUCGGCUCGUCUACAAAAACUCCAAACCCGACUUCAUCAUUUCAACACACCGGCCUCUGCUGGAGGAGGAGGGUCGCGACCUCCUCGGAAAGCGCACCAUGGACUUCAAGGUCAGCUACCUGGACCCGGGCCUGACCUCGCAGUACCUCUACGACGGCGAGGUGGGUGCCAGCGGCACCGCCGGCCGCGGCAACCGCCGCUACAAGACCCAGCUGCGCGACUUCCUCAGCACGUGCCGCACCAAGAGGAAGCUGACCCCCGAGUACCCGGCCGACCCUGCGGCCUACAACAGCUACGCGGCGGCGGCCGGCGUCUACCCGGCGGCGGCGACCUCGUACACGGACCCGGCGGCCGCGGCGCUCUACCAGCAGAAUCUGCCCAACUUCCAGAACCUCUACCCUCCCAUAGAGAACCGUUUCCUGGCCACAGAUAGCCUGUAUUACCGGCAGCUGGGCGGCUACUACCCGGACUAUAUGCACCACGGUAGCUAUAACGGCUUUGUGGAUGUCGGACGCACGUGCCUUCCCACGUAUGAGACCUCGCAGCUGGCCAAGCCGGGCGAGUACGGGUGUCAGCUGGACGCCACCAAAUACGCCACCGACCGGUCGUACCUGCCGAAAACGGCCUACUAUGACGGCUACCCUGGCGGCGCGCUGCUGAACGCCAGUUUGGCCAGUUCGCCGAUAGGUGGCACCUCACUCAGCGGGCUCGGCUCGGCGGCCAGCGCCAGCCUCCAGCAGGGCUUCGGCAGCACGCCUGAGCGAGACCCGCGCCACACACCCGACGGGAAGAAACACGACGGCGACGUCAGCCCGGACAUGAAGGCGGCGUCGGCGGCUGGCGCGGCCUACUCUACCGCUAACGACACGCGGCAGACGGUGCUGAUGUGGGGCAGCGCGCACGCGCCGCGGCCCAACGCCACGCACGUCAUCUGCUCGCCAAGCGGCACCUCCGCGCCGGCGCACUACACGCACAGCAGCGCGGCCUACGGGCCGCAGUCGCCGCCGUACGGGGAGCGGCCGCCGCCGCCGCCGCCCUCCGCGCCCGGCGCCGCCGACCCCAUCAAGUCCAUGACGGACAUGUCGUCGGCGUGCAAGUGGGCGCCCAAGGGCGGCGGCUCGCCGGGACCGGGCCAGCCGACGGCCACGAAACCACCGGCGUACCCGUCCGGCUACGGGGAGCCGGCGGCGCCCGAGGUGUGGGCGCCCUACUCGUCACUCAGCUACAACCCCGCACAGUCGUCCGAAGGUUACGCCGGCGCGGCCCAGAGGAACGGCACCCUCUGCUGUCCUACGCUGAGGUAACCGACACCUCCCCGUCACCGCUCUGCGCCCUUAGCAGAUGGCAUUAGUGUACAUUGCAGUUGGGUCUGCGCGGCCCGGGAGCGCCUUGGAAGAGACGGCCACGAACAAUUGAAUGGGAGAUGCUCUCCACUGCGAGGGACAGAGUGAAAGAGAGAGCGAGAGUGAGAGAGAACGAGGGACGGAGUGGCAAGACCGGAUCUAGUCAGGGGUCGACAGUGCGUGUGAGAAGAGCUUACCUACUUCUUACCCCGAACGGGGACAAGUGCUAGUUCGGCGACCGGCCGCUAGGUGGCGAGUGAUAGUUCGCCACGCGGCCGCGGCGCGGCGCUGCAGUCGUGUCACCGCGCGGGGCCGACAGCCUGUUGAGAGCUGUAUAUUGCUUGUUGCUUUCUCGACGACGAAUUACAAUGACGCAUGUGUCGCAGAUGAGACGUACGUGGCGCAUAUGACGGCCAUGUGAAAAUUGUGACGCAAGUUGGAUGUGUUCCGUUUGCUGAGUUUCUCCUCCAUAAUGCGCAGUAUUUGGCGUGAAUUCCAUACGCGCGUUACUCCGGCACUGACAACGUGAUUGGUAGGCAGCCGGUGUCCGAUUCAGAGGUGAAAUUUUGUUACAGCAUGUUGUUACGUCAUAAUAAAUAAGUAAAUGUCUUACUA